CACACACACACACACACACACACACACCUACACACACACACACACACACACACACACACACACACACACACACACACACACACACACACUGUGACUAUUGUUGAUCCCAUGUCAUUUACUAUAUAAUAAGUCAUUUCAAAGACAGCUGACUUACUGUAUGCACCACUGCCAUAUAUGACUAUUGUCAAGCAGUUGUCUCCAGUGAAACAGGUUCGAGGGACGCUGUCAGUUGACUCAUGAGCCUUUCAAAUACUAACAGGAAUGUCACAACAACGGUCUAUCGUGACACUUUAAACACAGCUAUUAUCAAGAACGUGAUUACUGUGGUUCUCUGCAUCUCCAUCAACUAUGUCAACGGUACGCUGGUGCACACAUUCAAAAAACACCAGGUUUUCAAUAUGAACCCUCGAUACAUCCUGUACAUCCAUCUGGUGAUCAACGAUAUUAUCCUGCUGACCAUGUUCACUCUUGUUCAGGUGCUGAGUUACAUCGUGUUCACUCUUAACGUCUCCUUAUGUAUCAUUUUGCUAAUGAUUGCUAUAUUUGCCAAUCUAAACAAUCCCCUAACGCUAGCUGUUAUGGCAGUGGAGUGUUACAUCGCCAUAUGUUUCCCUCUCCGCCACGCACAGAUCUGUACAGUAAAGAAAACAUAUGUUGUGAUCGGUCUGAUAUGGGUGAUAAGCUCACUUUCAAUCCUGCCAGAUUUAUUUGACGCACUGGCAACAGAAUCCCUGGAGUUCUUUCGUUCCAGAGUUUUUUGUCUCAGGGAAAAUAUUUUCAGAAACCCCAAUCUCACAGAGAAGAGAGAUAUAUCCAACAUAGUGUUUCUGGUCAUUAUUUGGCUCACUCUGUUCUACACAUACUUCAGGAUCCUUUUCGCUGCACAAGCGGCUUCUGCGGACGCCAAGAAAGCAAGGAACACUGUGCUCCUUCAUGGCUUCCAGCUGCUGCUGUGUAUGCUCACCUACGUUUUUCAUCUUAUGAUAGAAGGUCUGACAUACUUGUUCCCAAAAGGGGUACUGGCCAUUCGCUUCACUGUCGCGAUAUUCGUUCAGGUUCUGCCUCGACUAAUCAGCCCAGUUGUUUAUGGGCUACGAGACAAAACGUUCAGAAAGUAUCUGAAAAGACAUAUAUUCUGUUUAAGUGGUGCUGAAACUCAUCCACAAAAACCUCUGAAGAGGCCAUUAUAAAGUCCUGUUUUUGUUUUUUGAUGAUCUGCUUAUACUGUUUCAUCUGAAUGAAACCAUUUUAAGCAGCGGAUACAACAACUUCUUGUUUCUCAGCAACACCUCAAAACUCAACGCCAUUCAACAAAAACUCAUAGUUAAUAAAACUUUUCAUCAUGAAGGUGUUCAGAUUGCACUGACUCAAUAAGUCGAUCCAAUUAAUUCUUUAGUAAGUCAUACAACGCCUGCAAAUCACCAAAAAUGACCAAUGACCAAUGAAAUUUAGUUAGUCAGGGUAUGAUAUACUUGCAUACUAAAUUUCAUACAGUGAAAUACAUACAUUACAACAAGCAGUGGUGUAGUGCAGGGUAUAUGCAGGUAUACAGAGUUUAAUGUGUAUACUUGAAUAUUUUUCAGUCAGCGAUGGGUAUAACAUGAUGCACAAUGCUUAUCAUUCAGUAGUAGUAGUUUUUUUCCAAUUACAGUUUUCAUGAGUGGAUGGAGUAAGGAAGACUUCACUCAGAAUGCAUAAUUACGUAGUUGUCUCACCCGUGUGUGCCAGUAUUUAUGCAAUAUCUGCACCUUUUCUGUGGCUAAUGUUUAUUUGAAUAUGAUCCUUACUCCCUGAAGUCAAGCAGCAGAAGUUAAGUGAGAAUGUACUGGCCCAGUCCUUUGCUGGAAGGGCCGCUUUAAAAAAUAAAUGGGGGCAUAAAUUAAGAGUUUACCCACUUCUACGGGCACCACUGACAAUAAGGCCUUUGCAGUGGUCGCUGCACAGGCCCUAAUUAGACUUCAUUCAAACUGUGGUCAACACCAACAGAAGUCCCAAUUAACAACUUGCUGUGGUUGAAAAAGUACAAAUAAUUUUUCCUGUAGUUCACACUCUCCAUCUGGUAUUCCCUCCAGUCAGUGCAUACGUCUACAAUCUGCAGUGUUGGCCCAUAAUGCUCAGGUGACCUGUUUUUCUCCAGAGUAAAGAUGUGUUUGAUUUAUUUUUUCCAUCUCUGAUUUCUGUAUAGUAGAUGUUGCAUAGUUACUGACCAUAACACAUCAAACACAGGAUGUAAAUUCCACCCCUGUUUUGCAAAAAUUAUGUUUUUUUAUAAGGUCUUUUAUAAAUGCAUUCUUCAAUUUUAAAGAUCUUUGGACAUGUUUGUUAUUUCUUGCUGUAGUUGAAGUAUAGUUGGGUCACAUUAAACUACUUUGUUUCCUUUUACCAAAUUCAUCAAAUAAAGUCAUAUUUUCUCCCACA